AUGAAGGCUGCGGGCCUUUUGACCCUGAUUGGCUGCUUGGUCAUAGGCGCCGAGUCCAAAAUCUACACUCGCUGCAAACUGGCAAAAAUAUUCUCGAGGGCUGGCCUGGACAAUUACUGGGGCUUCAGCCUUGGAAACUGGAUCUGCAUGGCAUAUUACGAGAGCGGCUACAACACCACGGCCCAGACGGUCCUGGAUGACGGCAGCAUCGACUACGGCAUCUUCCAGAUCAACAGCUUCACCUGGUGCAGACAAGGAACGCUGCAGGAGCAGAACCACUGCCACGUCCCCUGCUCAGCCUUGAUCACUGAUGACCUCACAGAUGCGAUUAUCUGUGCCAGGAAAAUUGUUAAAGAGACAGAAGGAAUGAACUAUUGGCAAGGCUGGAGGAAACACUGCGAGGGCAGAGACCUGUCCGAGUGGAAAAAAGGCUGUGAGGUUUCCUAAGCUGGGACUGGACCCAGGAUGCUUUGCGGCGACGCCCCAGGGUUUGCAGUGAAUGUCCAAAUGCCUGUGUCAUGUCAUCCCGCGUCCUCCCAAUAUUCCUUCUCAAACUUGGAGAGGGAAAACUAAGCUACAUUUUUAAGAAAAUAAAU